CCGCCGGCCAGCGGCUGCCCGGCUUCCUCCCCCUCCCCCUCCCCCUCCCCGUCCCACUGCCUGCCGACGUGGCGGGGCGGGGACGAGGAAGGAGCCCGGGGGCGCGUCGGCCCAGGCCCAGCUCGGCUGCGGAGCGAAAUAAAAAUGUCUGAUGGCACAAGUGAUGCAAUACCCAUUGAAGGAAAACCUGAAGUAAUGGCAAUGCUUAACAGUGAUGUGUUUAAUGAUGCAGCAGAACACAGUGAAACAGCUGGGAUCUUGCAUGGGUCUUCCCAAGAUGAACAGAGACAAGUUUCUCAUAAUACUAGUAAUGAACAGGAAGGGGACAUGGUUAUCAAUGAAAAUCCUUUGACUGCAGAAGUAAUUGCAAAUCAGCCUUCCAGUGGAGAGGUAACUGAAAACAUACCUACUGACUGCAGUGAGUCUGUGAGCCUUGAUCCUGAACCUUUAUCAGAAGUGACACCGAAUGAACAAAGCAGUCCAGAUUUGGACUCCUCUCCAAAAGGAAGUGGAUGGGGAGCUUGGGGAUUGUGGGGCAAAUCUCUGCUGUCAACAGCCUCUGCCACAGUUGGUCAUGGAUUAACUGCAGUAAAGGAAAAAGCAGGGGCCACUCUAAGAAUUCAUAAUGCGAGUUCAACAUCUUCAGAAGGCGCACAAUCUGCCACAACUGAGAGCGAAACACCAGGGAUCAAUUCCAAUGAUGUCCCAGACCAGAGCUGCAUUGGGGUUUCACCUUCUUCUCCUUCAUCUGGAUCUCGUGGGAUGCUGUCAACAAUCACUAAUGCUGUACAGAACACAGGAAAAAGUGUUUUGACUGGUGGUCUAGAUGCUUUGGAAUUUAUCGGCAAGAAAACCAUGAAUGUCCUGGCAGAAAGUGAUCCUGGAUUUAAGCGAACCAAAAUACUGAUGGAAAGAACAGUUUCCUUAUCUCAGCUGUUGCGAGAAGCAAAAGAGAAAGAGAAGCAGAGAUUGGCCCAGCAAGUUACAGUUGAAAGGACAGUACAUUAUGGGCUGCUUUUUGAUGAGUUCCAGGGUUUGUCCCAUCUUGAAGCUCUGGAAAUACUGUCAAAUGAAAGUGAAACCAAGAUUCAGUCAUUUUUAACAUCACUUAAUGGAGAGAAAUUGGAAACUGUGAAAAAUGACUUAAUUGCUAUUAAAGAGAUCUUUAUUCCAAAGGACUUAAAUAAUGAAGAGGAUCAAGAAAAAAAAGCAGACAUGGAAGAAGAGUUUGUUAGCAUGCUUACUGAGCUACUGUUUGAAUUGCACGUUGCUGCCACUCCUGACAAACUUAAUAAGGCUAGGAAAAAAGCUCAUGACUGGCUGGAAGAAACCAACUUCUCCACAUCACUGGACUUGGAAGAGAAGCCAGAGGAAAACAAACAGGAUGAACAAAAGACAGAACAAGGAGGAGGAGAUGGUGGUGAUAAAACAGAAGAAAAGAAAAAUAAAACUGUGGAGGAAGUCUACAUGCUAUCAAUUGAAAGCCUUGCUGAGGUAACAGCUCGUUGUAUCGAACAGCUUCAUAAAGUAGCAGAGUUAAUUCUUCAUGGGCAAGAAGUGGAAAAGACAGCCCCGGACCAAGCAAAAGUUAUGACAACUUUAACAAGUGCCAUGUGCAAUGAAGUGUUGUCUUUAUCUAAGAAGUUUUCUGAUUCUUUAACUGCCAUCGGGAGCAACAAAAAGGCAGAGCUCCUUAGCCCAAUGGUCAAUAGUGUGCUAUUAGAGGGCUGCAACAGCACUACUUAUAUUCAGGAUGCUUUCCAGCUAUUGCUUCCGGUUCUUCAGAUUUCGCAUAUCCAGACCAAUUGUUUGAAAGCACAAGAGUGACAGUUUCCCAGCAGUUGUCGUCAUUGUGUGUAAAAGAAACCACAAACCUAAUCUCUUUAAUGUAUGCAAUUUGAAGAGAUGGCACAAAAGAUGUCUGGCCACUGAGGGGCCUUUUGAGGACACUAAAAGCCGUUUUGCACAUGCAGUACUGAAAAACAUUUGAGAAAAAUCAAAUAGAAGUUCUUUAACUAGAUGUAGUUACUAGAAUAGGUAAUUUCUUUUCAAGUUAGUAUAUAUUCUUCACAUUAAUUUAAACUGAUGAAGUGUUUAUUGAAGUUAGUAUUGACUUCAAUAUGAAGCAGGUAAUUAAUGUUGACACUUUCAGUUCUAAACAGUGAUGUCUGAAGGAAAUUUGAAAACAAUGUUUUUUAAACAUUUUGGACCUGAUGCACCAUUUCAAAAUUCCCCAUUUUAAUUCUCAGUUUAAAAUGUUUACUUUUGAAAGUUAGUUUCUGUAUUUAACCUUCAUUAACUCUCAAGUUAGCUUAAGCAAAUGAACUCUGUUUUGAGCAUUCCAGUAUUAUUUCUUCAGUGACAGUCAGAUAGUAAUCCUUAGCACUCAUACCGUGCUUUGGUGUUCAAAGAUCUGUACAACAUUAAGCAAACUUAAGAUAAUGAAAAUUAUGAAAAAUAUGCAUAUCAGACAAUAUACUGAAGUGAAAUUGUCUGAGCUAGUUAGAGCACAGGCAAAACUGUACACCUCUUAACCCAUAAUUGUAUACUUAUUGUAUUUAUGCCAGUCCCUUCACUCUGAUUGGCCGAAAGACAUAAUAGACCAAAAAGAAAAGGAGUACUUGUGGCACCUUAGAGACUAACAAAUUUAUUAGAGCAUAAGCUUUCGUGACCUACAGCUCACUUCAUCGGAUGCAUGAAGUGAGCUGUAGCUCACGAAAGCUUAUGCUCUAAUAAAUUUGUUAGUCUCUAAGGUGCCACAAGUACUCCUUUUCUUUUUGCGAAUACAGACUAACACGGCUGCUACUCUGAAACCUAUAAUAGACCAAAGUAGAGGGAUUUGUAGAGUAAUAGUUAUUUCACAACUACACAGUAAUUCAGAAAAUCCCUUCACUUUGGUUAACAAAACUCCCAAUGUGUGUGCCCAUAACAAACAUAUUGCCUCAUCUUCUCAGCCUUCUUUCCAAUCUAUCAUUUCACCUAAAUCUGGACUUUAAAUACAGUUUUUUUUAAUAAAAGGGAUUACUGCUAGGGAGGGAUUGGAACUAAGUUUUCCUAUAAGGGUCAAAGAGGAGGAGAAGGAGUUAUGAGAAGGUUGAGUUGGGUGGAGUGACAAGGUGGGGAGUUCACAAGUUGAAGCGUGUUGUGGGAAUAUGGAAGAGGAAUUCUGUGCACAGAGCCAACCUGAGAGGGUGGAAAGCACAUUUCAGUAUAACAGUAAUUUAAGGGUUCUUGUGUUAAACUUCGUGUUAUCCAUAUUUGGGCUUAAUAAAUUCACAGUCUUCAGCCUCAAGGUUUAUUUUGCUCAGGUUAAAAUUAUCUCAUGACAAUACAAACCUUCAAUUAUUUAAGUAGCCGGUUCUCCUGAAUUGUCUGUGUUUAUUACAUUUUUCUAAUGUAAUUAGAAUGUAACUAAUGUAACUGUAAUUCAUAUUGAUAUAGUGAUGAGCUCUAUUUAAAUAUUGUAAAAUUGUAGCUAACAUUUGAAUGUAUUUAACCGUUGAAGUGUUCACACAUCAUAAACAUAAUCAGAAUAGAAUACUAGGAAAUGUUAUAAUUGUAUUUGUUAGAAAUGAGAAGCCAUCUAUCUGCGUAGGCAUGGUAACUGUAGGGAGCCUAAAUAAGAGAUGACAGAAAGCAGGUCUGUGUCUCUGCCUUACAUAAUGAGGUCCAUAUUGUGCUGUCACCUGUGUAGUGACUGUCUUUAAUAUUUCAUCAUUUAGAUGGGAGAUACUCAUUAUGUAGUUCUGUGGUUUCUUAUGCACAAUUUCUAUUCUGCCUGUGCAGCUGAACUUGGUAAGCUAAACCUGACAUUCAUUGUUACUUACACCAUCUUGAAAUAAUAGCCCAAUAUGAAACAGAGGAGCACUUUGGGAAAGUGUAGAAAAACUACUGUAAACUGAUAGGCAAAUUUACUGGCUGGGAAGGUAGAAUAAAGCUCUCAACACUAGCCCUCUUUCCUCAAGGCUUGUUUUAUUUCCAAAUACUAGUCCCAAAACAAAAGCAAAUAAAUUAGAAAUAUUAGGUAUUAACUGCCCAAAUUUUUCCCAGCCUCAACCAGUUGGAAAGGGAGAGGAUACAUCCUUCCCCUUUGAUAGCCCCACGUAGCUACUACAGAGAGACCCACACUAAGACUUCCUAGAACCUAGGUUUCUCCUUUUUGUUCCCCUGUCCCAGAGAGAAGAAGCUUUGUACUUCAUUUCCAUAUACCAGGUCAUAUGUUUUCUUCUAGUCAUGUGCCCUGCACCUGCAGCUCCCAGUUUUAAAGGGCACAAGUUCACAAGGGGUGCACUGGGAUAUGCACAUGCCUCCAAAGCCUAUUGCCUUGCUACAGGUACCUCGUUAUUUAAAGUAAUAUUUUUGUUUAAUCACAACGUUGUCAAACCAGUAUAUUGUGCAUGAUUAAAAUCCUGUUUUCAUUUUAAAG